CUUGACCAUAUUAUAAUAGUGAUAUAUGCACUAGAAAUUUUAUAACCUGCAACAGUGUUUUUGUUUUCUUCUCCAUAUUUAAUGGAUUCCUUUAUUGCAACAUUUUAUGUAAUGACCAGAUUGCAAAUUCUAGAAGAAGUUUGAAGCAUGAUGAAGUAGUUAUAGCAAGACAGGCAGUUGAAGAAGGCCGUGGCUUGGUUGUAGUUGUGAACAAGAUGGAUCUAUUAAGAGGGAAGCAAUUAUAUGACAAGGUUAUGAAAGCUGUGCCCCAAGAAAUUCAGACCAUUAUGCCUCAGGUGACUGGGAUACCAAUUGUAUUCAUAUCAGCCUUGGAGGGAAGGGGUCAUGCAGCUGUCAUGCACCAGGUUAUUGAUACAUAUGAAAAAUGGUGUUCAAGAUUGUCAACAGCUCGUCUUAAUCGUUGGUUGCGUAAGGUUAUGAGCAGGCAUUCUUGGAAAGAUCAGGCUGCUCAACCCAAGGUUAAGUAUUUUACACAGGUGAAGGCCCGACCACCCACUUUUGUUGCCUUUGUGAGUGGGAAGAAAGAGCUCUCAGAAACAGACAUCAGGUUCCUAAAAAGGUCUUUGAAAGAAGACUUUGAUUUGGGUGGAAUACCGAUCAGGAUCAUGCCAAGGUCCAUCGAAAGGAAAGCUGUGAACGGCACUAGCAAGAGUGGCCAAAUUGCUAAUAGACCGUCUGAAAGGAUGUUCUCUGACAAGAGAAAAGUGUGUCCGGUUGAAUAGCAUUUUUAACUCGACUAGACGGCUAUUGUUGUCCUCUUCAAUCACAGUAAUUUUAGCCUCGUUAUGCUGAGACUGUAAUUAUCCAAUAGUUACAAUUUUGACCUUUAUUGCAGGAUGUAAUUUUCUUUAGGAGAAUUAUCUUAGUUGUAGAUUAUAUUUUUUGUAUUUAACGUGAAAUUCUUAGUUGAGUGGUAGCACAGUUGCAGGAGGGAAUGAGGUUAAGUGUGUGUUUAUUUAGGGUUUAGGGAUUUUAUUUUGUGUUUUGACAUAAAAAUGAAAUUUAACACCAUUCCUUUUAUUUU